CCCUGGCCAUGGGGCUGCAGCCCCGGCGCGCUGCGGGGCCCUGCCCGCCGGCGGGGAGAUGUGCCGCCUGGGCCCGCGGCGAGGAGCCGGAGGGAGCGCCCGGCCGCACCGCGUCCCUGCCGCCCAUCCUGCCGGCGCCCACCGCUUCGCCCGUCGCUGCCCGAGCGCAGCCAAAGAAGCUGACAGCGGCGACGACGGCCCCCAAGAAGGCAGCGCCCCGGCCCGCGGAGGAGAAGGCGGCGAGGAAGACGCGGGGGGCGCCCCCGGAGCGGGCGGGCCCCCUCUCCAGCUCCUGGCCCUGCUCUUCCCUGCAGCGACAGCCGCCGCGGAGGCCGCCGGCAGAGCGCGGGGUGCGCCCCCCGCCUGCCCCUCCGCAGCCACGGGGGCGACCGGGUGCGCCGGGGCCGGGCAGCCGCUCCUGCGAGAGCCUCGGCGGGGCGCCGGGUGAGACGGCUCCGCGGUUCUCGCUGAGCCUGCCGCCGGAGGCCGUCCGGGUGCUGCAGCGCCGCAGCCUGGAGCGGCAGCGGGGGCAGCCCGGGGCCGGGUCCGGCGGCAGAGCUACCCCUACCCCUGCGCGGCGCGGUGCCCGGGCGGGCAGCGGGGACUUGCGCGCCCUGCUGAAGAUAUCGCUGCUCAACGAGAAGCACCGCUACGACGACGAGGAGUACGAGGAGGAGGAGGCGGCGGGGGCCGCGGUGGACGAGGGGCUGGUGCGGAAAUGCACCGAGUGGCUGCGCGGCGUGGAGAGCGCUGCCGGGCGAGACCGCCCAGACAGGUUGGAGACGCUGCCGCACCUGAGCACCCUCUGAGCCCCUCCGGGGGACCGGGAGAGCGGCCCGGCGGGCGGCGGUGCUCGGGGCGGAGGCGGGGUCGCCAUCCGGUGUCAAUAGCUGUUGUCUCCUUUGUGAUGUCGACCGCGCCGGCGGCGACCCGGCGAGUGGCAGCGGGACAACGGCCCGAAGCUGGUCCCCGGGGCGGCACCGCCUCUCGGGUGAGGGACAAAGGAGAGGCGCCGGCCUCCGCCCGGCAGAGCCCGGUGGUCGGGAAGGAGAGGAGGUGGCUGUAGGCGUCGUCGUGUCCGUCCCCCCCCAGUCCCACUUCUGCCUUUCCCCCUGUGUUUUUUAAGACUUCUGACUACUUUGUAAGACGUGCGUAAUGAUUUUGUAUAUUUGUACAUAAAAGUUCAUUUUUAUUUA